AGCUAUGGCGGCCGAGACGUGUCUGCUGAUCUAAUGCUGUCUGAGCGUCGUAGGGCAUGCCGCUCAGGCACCUUGAUCGGCCAUGCUACCUCGGCCUCCAGUUCUGUCAGUAUAUCUCCCAUGAUGAAACACUAUGCAAGUGCCACAGACAGGCUCGGCCGAUGAUCGAAGCUUGAUAAGAGCGGAGUCCCACUACUGGCAUCGCAAUCCAACUUCUUGGGACGUUCAUCGCGCAAACCAAUCGAUCAGCAGCUCUCCAGUCGCGCCUGAGAUUGGCCCAGAUUGAGUUACCACGUUGUGAGAGGCGAGUGAGAAACAGGCCAAAGCCUACCGUGGAUCAUGCAACGACCACCAUUCAGGCCAAUGACAACCCUUCCCGUGCGCGUCAGCAAACAAUGGCUCAAAAUGCGCUCUCGCCCUGCUGACUCUGUCACCCUACCGUCAGUGAGCCCAGAAGACCGGAUACCCAGGACCAGAACUCUUUCAGCCCCCCGUUGCACUACAUGGAGUGUUCUUUCUCAUCCGCAUAGAGUCGCUCCAGCCCGAUGUCCAUUUCACUCUUCCUCUCAUAUCCUGUUUGAUGCAGCACUACCUCCCGUUACGGCGAUGUUGUGGCCAAACUCGGAGACAGCAUUCCAACACCAUCCCACUUCAUCUAAACCAUCCUCGAAUUGCGCUACCCACCAUUUCGAGGUUCCAGGGCGUUUCUUCACUUCUGACACAAAUAACGCAGAAAAGGCUGCUAGAUCUUUCCGCUUGCCGAUUGACAGGGCUACAUUACGUUGUCUUACAUGCGGCGAUGAGCUCUUUCGGGAAGUAAGCUUCGCCACAAUAUGCCGCCUUGAUUUCAUGCAACAUAGCUUGCUGUUUGCAAGGGUCCAGUGGGGGUCCGUCUGUACCUCACUCCGGUCUGGCCUUUCGUGAAUAACCAGGUGCAGGGGGUCGACUGUUGGUAUGGAAGUAUUGAAUGCCGGACGCGCACAAUUUUUGCGAUCGUUUGCGUUAUCACAAAAGCUCAUAAC